GACCUCCAGAACCUGUCAGUCAUUAAGAUACCACGUUGUUAUGUCCCAACAACAUUCAACCAAGUUCAGCAGUACGAGUUACACAGCUUUUCUGAUGCCAGUGUAUCCGGUUACGGCGUGUGCUCAUACUUAAGAACUGUAACUAAGUCUGGAGACGUGCACUGCACCCUCGUAAUGGGGAAAGCAAGAGUCGCUCCUACUAAAGUGACAACCAUCCCGAGAUUGGAGCUUUCAGCGGCAGUUGUAGCUGCAAGAACUGCUAGCUUUCUGAAAAGAGAGUUAGAAAUCCAAGACCUUCAAGAGUACUACUGGACCGAUUCUAAAGUCGUCCUAGGGUACAUCAACAAUGACGCAAGACGAUUUCAUGUGUUCGUUGCUAACAGAAUACAGAGAAUCAGAUCAAGCACAGAACCAAGUCAAUGGCGAUAUGUUGCCUCUGAACAAAAUCCCGCUGAUCAUGCAUCGCGUGGAGUAAUGACAAAGGAACUAGGGGAGUCCAACUGGUUCACAGGACCAAGUUUCUUAUGGCAAAAGGAACUACUAAAAGAAGACAUCAAAAUGAAAGAGAUCAAUGUUCAAGAUCCAGAACUCAAGGUCACACAAGUCUUUACUGUCAAGGCAAAAGAAGAGAAAUCUAUCUCAGAACGUCUGGAAAGGUUCUCAGAUUGGACGAGAGUCGUGAGAGCAAUUGCAAGAUUAAAGAGACGAGUAAAGUACAGAAAGAACAUGAAAGAAAUGUCAAAUGAAAGUACUACUGUGGAAGAAAGGAAAGAAGCAGAGGAGUUCAUUAUAAGUACAGUCCAAAAGGAAGCAUUCAGCAAAGAAAUCAAGUCCAUUAAAGACAAAGAAGAAGUCAAAGCAAGUCAUUCCAAGUUACACAAGUUAAGUCCAUUCCUUGACAAUCACAAUAUCCUGAGGGUGGGAGGAAGACUAACGAAAGCGUCACUCCAUCCGAACAUCAAAUAUCCAGCCAUUUUGCCAAAAGAGCAUCAUGUUUCACGUCUGCUCAUCAAACAUUUUCAUGAAAGGAUUCAUCACCAAGGUAGAGGGAUGACAGUCAAUGAAAUACGUGCAAAUGGCAUAUGGAUAAUUGGUUGCAGUACUGAAGUCUCAUCAUUCAUAUACAAAUGUGUGAAAUGCAGAAAAUAUCGGAAACUCAAUCAAGACCAGAAGAUGGGCGAUCUGCCUUCAGAAAGAGUUGAAGCUACCCUUCCAUUCGCGUACAGUGGUAUGGACUGUUUCGGACCAUUCUGUGUGAGAGAAGGGAGGAAAGAGGUAAAGAGAUACGGACUCUUGUUUACAUGUAUGUGUUCGAGAGCUAUCCACAUAGAAGUCCUGGAUGACCUCAGCACAGACUGUUUUCUCAAUGCACUUCGUUGUUUCAUCGCGAUACGUGGCAACGUCACUCAACUGCAUUGUGAUCAAGGCACUAAUUUCAUCGGUGCAAGAAAUGAGUUUUUGACACAAGCAACUCAAGAAAAGGUCAAAGAGCUGGGUAUAAGUUUCAUUUUCAACCCACCUGCUUCCAGUCAUAUGGGAGGAGUCUGGGAGAGACAGAUUCGGACGAUAAGAAAUGUCCUAAGAUCCAUUCUCGACCAGUCAGCUUCCAGACUAGACACUUCAUCAUUGAGAACGUUCAUGUAUGAAGCUAUGGCAAUAGUGAAUAGUCGACCACUAAGUGUAGAGUGUAUCAAUGACCCUGUAGGACCAGAGCCGCUGACACCCAACCAUAUUUUGACAAUGAAAUCAGCAAUUAUCUCAUCCCCACCUGGAGAGUUCGUCAGAGAAGAUCUCUACCUGCAGAAAAGAUGGAAGAGAGUGCAGUAUUUGGCGAACGUAUUUUGGACCAGAUGGAGAAAGGAGUAUUUGUUAAACCUGCAACAGAAAAGUAAAUGGACUAAGAACAGAAGAAAUACAAGAAUAAAUGACAUCGUUCUCCUGCAAGAGGACAGCGUUCCAAGGAACCAAUGGAAACUCGCCAAGGUCGUAGAAGUCACCCCAGGAGCCGACGGCCGAGUCAGAAAGGUCAAGCUUCUCAUCAGUGACUCUACUCGAGACAAAGGGGCUCGAACUAAAACAGUUUUAGAAAGGCCAAUACACAAGACCAUCCUUUUACUUGAGGCCGAGUAAGGACUAAAAGGUGAUGUGUAUUGCUAAUAUUUGCUAAGUUCUUUGGUGUGUUAAGUUCUAUUUAGGAUCACACAUACAGUAAGUAGUGUGAUGGUGGGAGUGUGACUGCAGUUGAAUAUGUGUGUUCUCAUGUUUCACCACUAGGCGGAGCUAAUGUAUUAAGAAAGUUUAAAAGAUAACGUUUUGGGUUUUUUAUAUACACUUAUUUUUGUUUUCCUAAUAUUUCUAGCUAAUUAAUAGGGCCAAAUCAGAAAUAAUAUUUAAUAUAUAAGCCAAUCUAAAAUGUGAUAUUUAGUAACUAAAUUUAGGGUCAAAGAAGGGUCACUUCCUGUUUAACGCAAUGCGAGGCAGUAGCCAGCAGACGUGUCCCGACAGCAAGUCAAUUUCAGCGAUCAAUAAGAAAAAUAAGCAUUUUGAAGCCCACCGGUUUGUUUUCACUAGCAGGCCAAAGUGUUCUACGGUGGUGUGCUGUGGUGUACAAGACCCAAGACCUCAGUAAACCCCAGUAAAAGAAAAGAACUCUCGUGUCUCUCUAUGUGAAAGUGAACAAGCCGGCAUACUCAUCCUUUACAGAAAAGCCUUUGAAACAUCCUGAACUAAGCCAGAACAUAAAGGCUUAAAGUAACAAGAACAACAAACGGAAUGAAAAGUGAUCAAAAAUGAAUCCAAAGAUCCUGCAGUAAGGUCAAUUCAUGUAAGCAAUCAAACAUUGCAAUGCAUAAUAUU